AACUUCCGGAUUUUUUGGGCGGAAGUUCCACGAUCCAUAAUUAAAAAAAAAAUUUACCUACUCGCCUGCGUCGCCGCCGCCACCUCCGCUGCCUCCACCGCCGCCAAAGCUCCUCCCUCCGAAUUUCAGCCUUAUCCGCCUUGAAUCACCCAUUUUUUUUUGUGUUUUUGAUGAUUGUUUUUUUUUUUUAAAAAUGAAGAAAAAAAUUUGGAUUUUUUUUUUGUUUCAGAUUUUAAGAGUGUUUUAGAGAGUUAGAGAGUAAGAGAGUUAGAGAGAGAAGUAAGAAAGUGAGAAAUGUUGGUCGGGAAGUGAAAAAAACCGUAUUUAAAUAUUAGGGGUAAAAUUGAAAUUUCAAAUAAAAAAGGGAGCGUUACCGGUAGAAUGGGAGCGACGAAUAAUAACACCCUUCCUUUUUCUCGAUGCAAACACGUCAAACCUGUCUUUUCCACGAAUUUGCCUUAUCCAUCCAACACAAUUCCUCCCUCAAAAUGAGAUGCAAGUUAUGCUACCAACUCCAUUUCUUGCACAACUUUAGAACAAUCAUUUUCCCAAAGCUUUCCAACAAUGGCGGCAACACUCUUUCUCUACCCUAUUGCUGAUUCUCAUCUUCACCCCACUUUCCAAUCAAAAUUCACUCCCAAAUCAAAGCUCCAACCCCUCUUUCUCUCUCUUCCAAAAAGAUCUAAACAAUCCAAUUUCAACUCCCAAUUCACUCGCUUCUCCACCUCUUCUUCCUCCUCUGAUCAUCCUUCAUCUUCACCCCAAACUUCCAUUGCGUACAACACCCAAAACCCACUAAAAUUUAGCCGUUUUUUAACGGAUAACGAGCUCCAAAAACUUCAAUUUCUUGAAAAUUACACUUAUUCUUGCAAAUUGCCAUCUGGGUAUUUGAGUAUUAGGGUUAUGAAGGAUAUGGAGCUUAAUAUUGUUGUUGAAUUGCUUGCAGAAGCAUUUGCCGAGUCCAUGUUUUUGCCUAAUAUGUACUUAACUGUGUUGGGUUUUUUGAUUAAGCAGUAUUUGAUUGAGAGGAGGGGUUUGAUGCCUCAUUGUGUUACCCUAAUCGGAUUUUUUCGAGUCGAAGAAGGGAAUGUUGAUGUUGAUGGUGAAGGUAGAAAAGAUGAAUUAGCUGGAACAGUGGAAGUGUCCUUUUCCUUUGAUAGAAGGGGUGCUAAUUCUUCACCUCCUACGCCAACCCCACCUAAAGAUUGCCCUUACAUAUGUAAUAUGACCGUGAAAGACCGCCUUCGAAGGAGGGGCAUUGGUUGGCAUCUUUUGAAGGCAAGUGAGGAACUAAUAUCAAACAUGAGCACCUCAAGAAAUGUCUACUUGCAUUGUAGAAUGAUUGAUUCAGCACCGUUUAACAUGUAUAAGAAGGCAGGAUACACCAUUGCCAAGACAGACAGUUUCUUAGUCCUACUCUCCCUACAAAGACGGAAACAUUUGAUGUGUAAGGAGCUUCCUGCUUUGAGCAAGCCCUUGGAGACAAUCGUUGCAGGGGAUGGAGAAGAAGACCCCUCUUUAAAUGAUGGGGGAGAAUCAGAACCUUUAUUGUUCGAUGAGGUUUUGCAGAGCUCUCUUGAUAUGGAUGGAUGAAUUUCAGCUUUUGGUUGCCAUUCUGCAUGUAUUCAUAUACAAGGAACCGGUGCUUUCCAUCGGCACAAUACCCGAUUAAGGUAACCAGAUUCGGAUGGUCCAGUCUGCUCAAGAUGUCAACUUCCACCCGAAAUUCACGCUCACCUUCUGCUGCUUUAAGUGGUGGCAGCUGCAUUUUCUUGAUUGCUACAACCUGAGGGAUACACAAAGCAACAGCAUUCAAUCAGAGAUUUUAUGAUGGUAAUAUAUUGGUAAUGUUAUUUCUUUCACGCUUAACCUCUGUUCAUAUGAAUGAAGCUUGUGAACGACUGAAAGACGGAAUUCGGAUUCAAUCUUGUGCUGUUUUUAACUAAUUUACAAGUGUUAGAAAAGAAAAAAGACUCCUUUCCUAAAUCCUAACCAUACCUCUCCUGAUCGAAGAGUUCCUUUGUAUACCCAUCCAAAACCUCCCUUUCCUAUGAAAUUCUCUUCGCUGAAUGACUUUGUCGCUGCUUCCAUCUCCUUGAGGGUGAAAACAGAUGAUCCUUGGCGUCUUUUUGCAGGUGGGUUCUGUUCCUCAAGUUGCCAAUAUUCUACAGAAUCCACUUUUUGCCAGUUUCUAUUGUAACUUAAAAAAGUACACAAUGAAGAGCUAGGAUGCAUUACAAGAUUCACCCUGGUCCUGAGAUUUGCUCCUCCUCCGUUUGUUCCAUGCUGAAACCAAGCCAAAGGGCAUUAUGGGAACACUAAUUAGCCUUGUAGAACAAAGCUACUUCUUUGUGUGCUGGAUUACGUUGAUAAAACCGAACAAGAUUUGAUUUACCAUACAAGAGAUAGAAGAACAACCGGCAGGCCAGCGAACUAAAUUAUGCAAGUAUGAGUUGAGGAAUCCUUAAGAGGAGUACAUAGAGAGGAAGUAAAAACUUGGUUUGAAGAAUACUCCAUUACACUAACCUUCCAACAACCUUUGAGAUUUUAGAGAGAGAAAGUGAGAUAGAGAGUACUUUAAGGAAAAGAAAAAGCAAGAGUCUCAGGAGUCAGGAGUAGGGGUUGGUUUGAUAGUGAGAUAGAAGCUUAAGUCUCUUUUAUUUUCUAUUUUUUUUCCUGUAACUGUUUCUCUUGAAAGAGUGAAAAAAUGGUCUGAGCUGUUGAGAUGGCAUUUUCAUGAAAAAUCUAAAUAAAUUUGUCUAAACAUUAUUAUUUC